AUGUCGGAUACUGUCAGAUUUUCAAAUUUACUCAGCCUUCUCGACCUCAACGAAGAUCCAAUCCCUGUUGUCGAUAGAAAUGGCAAUGUUGUUCCGGUUGUCGGUUCUGGUGGACAGUUGGCAGGAUUAGAAACUGUAGAAGAUAGACUAGUAGACGAAAGAAGUAUAACCUCUAUCGCGAAAGAAAUUGAAAAACUCUUCAAAUGGCAUUUCAAAUGGGAAGGGGAUAUUCCAAUCGCUUCUGAAUCUAGUAAGACAGAGGUCAAAUGGUCUUGGGGAUUGGCAUGGUCUUUCUAUGAACAGCGUUACAAACGACUCGUUCAAUAUUGUAAUCGUAAAUUCCAGACGGAUCGAAACGUGACGCCGAUGACAUUAUGGCUCACCCACCUUUACUUUUCUGCUAAAUAUCAUGGCAGAUGCCAUUUGUUAGGCGUGACUCUUAAGAUCGAUCCCAAACACCCUGCCAGGGUAUCUUUUGGUAAGAGACGGCAUGACCGAAGCAUGACUACAGGCUGGUCCUCACCUCGUCCUCAAACACUGUCCCAAUUCUCUGAGGAAUUGUGCAAUCUCAUCCCCGAAAGUUGGUCCGCCAAUCUACUUCGAGGUAACUGGAGUCGAGAUCACGUCGAGGCCUUUUUCCAAAACCUAAUCCAAGCAGGAAUCGAUGAUGAAUACGGUGGUUCUUUGCUUAUGGUUAUGAACGGUUUAAGGAUGGAUGAUGGCAUUCCGACAUCUGACGACUCUUUUUCUGUCAAUAACACCACCAUGAAUACCGAGGAACUGAAGUCGUCUAUGGCCAUACACCUACGAAACAUCGAAGACGAGUUCCAUGAACUCGUUCAGCCAGCUAGAAUUCGACCAAGAAAGGGUGAGAUACACGGUUGCCUCGCUGCUAAAGUCCAGAUGCCGAUAGGCACGUGGGAAAAUUAUCGUAACCUGAAGGCCUUUCUAUCGAUAAUGCUUGGUGCCAACGAACAGAAGAGACUUGCCCAGAUGGGACCAGAGGACCAGAUGCUGGAUUCGAACCUUUCGGCCCCUCCAGCACCUUCUCGAUGGUUCCAUGUGAACCCUCAACAAGCUCAGGCAUGUUUUAAGUCCGUUGCUCGUGACAAAUUUGAGCUAACUCCAGUAUUGGCUUACUUGCAGAUGAUCAAUGAGUAUAUGGUUUCUUCUCGCCUUUGGACACAACCGCGUCCAUUCAACAGAAGAUAUCACCUACUUGAUCAGUGUGACGGUAGUGAAGGAUAUGCUGCUCAGCUCUUCAACACUACGUUGGAGUUGAAGCCACAGGAAUGGCUUCAAGAUCUGACCAUGACCUUCUAUGGUGCUUUGAUUACUGAGACUUUCGCUCCUUCGGUACUUUAUCUUGGUCCUCAUUUCAAUACUUAUUACCAUAUUGUAGAAUUAGAACGACGAAUAGAACCCCUGCAACACCUGGAAAAGAGCCCUCUCCUGUUCCCAGUUUGGAUCUUUCCUAUGAACCUGCGAAAUGUCCACUGGUGUGCUGUUGGACUUUAUCCUCUGGAAAAAUCAAUCGUUAUUUAUGAUUCUGUUGGACAGUCAACGAUGGAGCUACGACGUAAUGCUAUGAUGGUGCUUUCGUUCUUGGCUCUCGUUCAUGAACAUUAUGAGGGUCAAGCCGUGGAUCUGAGUGCUUGGACGAUUAAUGGGAUAGAAGCAAUGUACGAGUUUGCGAAGGGGUUCCCUACUCAAGAUGGAGCUGAUUGGUCUUGGGGAACAGCCGAUAUGAAGGACAUCAGGCGAGUCAUGAUAGAAGAGCUAGCUCAACAGAAAUUGAGGGAAAGGGAUUGA